UUGAUUGGCUGCCGGCGAGAGAGGAGAUCAGUGAUCAGUGAUAGAGAGGCAGAGCCGCAUCAGCUGCAGUGACACACGCCGCAUCCGCAUCCUUACAGCCAGCAGCACAAUGAGGGAAAUUGUACACAUUCAGGCCGGACAGUGCGGUAACCAGAUUGGUGCCAAGUUUUGGGAGGUGAUCAGUGAUGAACACGGUAUCGACCCCACUGGCAGUUAUCAAGGUGACAGUGAACUGCAGCUGGAGAGGAUAAAUGUUUAUUACAAUGAGGCAUCUGGAAACAAAUUUGUCCCUCGUGCCAUCCUGGUGGACCUUGAGCCUGGCACCAUGGACUCAGUCCGCUCUGGCCCGUUUGGACAAAUCUUCAGGCCAGAUAACUUUGUGUUUGGUCAAAGUGGAGCUGGGAAUAAUUGGGCCAAAGGCCACUACACAGAGGGAGCAGAGCUAGUGGACUCAGUUCUGGAUGUGGUACGUAAGGAGUCUGAGAACUGCGACUGCCUGCAGGGAUUCCAGCUCACCCAUUCCCUGGGCGGAGGCACCGGGUCUGGCAUGGGCACUCUCCUCAUCAGCAAGAUCCGUGAGGAGUACCCUGACCGUAUCAUGAACACUUUCAGCGUCAUGCCUUCCCCCAAAGUAUCAGACACAGUGGUGGAGCCCUACAACGCUACGCUCUCGGUGCACCAACUGGUGGAGAACACCGACGAGACCUUCAGCAUCGAUAACGAAGCACUCUACGACAUUUGCUUUCGCACACUUAAACUUACCACUCCUACUUACGGUGAUCUGAACCACCUUGUAUCAGCAACCAUGAGCGGAGUCACCACCUGCCUGCGAUUCCCAGGUCAACUUAAUGCCGACCUCCGCAAGCUGGCAGUCAACAUGGUGCCCUUCCCUCGCCUCCACUUCUUCAUGCCCGGAUUUGCGCCCCUGACAAGUCGCGGUAGCCAGCAAUACCGUGCUCUCUCAGUUCCAGAGCUAACACAGCAGAUGUUUGAUGCCAAGAACAUGAUGGCAGCCUGCGACCCACGCCAUGGCCGCUACCUCACAGUGGCAGCCAUCUUCCGUGGCCGCAUGUCCAUGAAGGAGGUGGAUGAGCAGAUGCUGAGUGUCCAGAACAAGAACAGCAGCUAUUUCGUGGAAUGGAUCCCAAACAACGUCAAGACGGCAGUCUGCGACAUCCCACCACGUGGGCUCAAAAUGUCCGCCACGUUCAUCGGCAACAGCACAGCUAUUCAAGAGCUGUUCCGCAGGAUUUCAGAGCAGUUCACCGCCAUGUUCAGACGCAAGGCUUUCCUGCACUGGUACACUGGCGAGGGAAUGGAUGAGAUGGAGUUCACAGAGGCAGAAAGCAACAUGAAUGACCUGGUCUCUGAGUACCAGCAGUACCAAGACGCCACUGCUGAUGAAAUGGGCGAGUAUGAGGAGGACGAUCUUGAAGAUGAGGAAGACGCUCGCCAUUGAGACAGCUGACAGCCAUGUAGUUUUCACAGUCAUUGCUUUUAGUUGAUCUGAAAAUUUCCAUAGGAAUGCAAACAGUGCCGCUACGCCAUAAUUCAAAAAGGUGCUACUGUGUUUAAUUGAUGAUCAAGAAAGAUAAACGUGAAGUGUCAUUCAGUAAA